AGGAACGAAAAAUGUGAACCCCAGGACCUCUCGACCGGAAGAAUAGAAGGAAAAUUCUUUAGGGCAAAAUUUCAUGGGAAACUCUUCAGGAGCGAAAUUUCUUGUAAUUGAAAAUUAAAUAAUGAGCAAAUCCGGGGAAAUCGUGACAAUUUUCGUGGGCCAAGCUGGCACGCAAGUGGCGAACGCUUGUUGGGAGCUUUUCUGUUUGGAGCACGGGAUAAGACCCGAUGGCUUCCUCCACAGAGGAUACAAAGUGCAGGACAAUUCCUUCCUGACAUUCUUCAUGCCUUCACAGGUGGGAAAGAUGACGCCGAGGACCGUGAUAGUGGACCUGGAGCCGACAGUCGUGGACGAGAUCAGGACAGGUGCUUAUAGGAACCUAUUCGACCCCUCGACUCUGAUAACAGGGAAGGAAGACGCCGCGAAUAAUUAUGGCAGGGGAUAUUACACGAUCGGCCAAGAAGCCAUCGACUUAGUCCUAGACAGGAUCCGAAAAGUCUGCGAAGGUUGCCCCAAUUUCGCAGGAUUCAUCGUCUUCAGAGCCUUUGGCGGAGGAACGGGCAGCGGCUUAACGACCUUGAUGAUGGAGCAUUUAACAGCUGAUUACGGAAACGUCACCAAGCUGGACUUUUCCAUAUAUCCUGCGCCGAACAUUUCGACGUCCGUGGUGGAGCCAUACAACGCGGUCCUGACGACCCACGGGAUCCUGGACUUCGAGGACUGCUGCUUCCUGGUGGACAACGAGGCCCUCUACGACAUCUGCGCGAGGAACCUGGACGUCGGCCGACCAACAUACACGAAUUUAAACCGACUCCUGGCGCAGGUGAUCUCUUCCGUGACAUCGUCCCUCAGGUUCGAGGGUGCGAUGAACGUUACCCUGGACGAGUAUCUGACGAACCUGGUGCCCUAUCCCAGGAUACACUUUCCCCUGGUCUCGUACUCGCCUAUCACGACCCCCCGCAAAGCCAUGAGCUCCGCAAUGUCCAUCAACCAAAUAACUUACGAGUGUUUCGAGCCAGCUAAUCAGAUGGUGAAGUGCGAUCCUCGUCGGGGGGCAUACAUCAGUUGCUGUCUGAUGUACAGAGGGGAUGUCAAUCCGAACGAGGCGAACAAGACUAUCCAAGCUCUGAAAGGGAAGAGCUCGAUCAAAUUCGCCGAGUGGAGUCCCACUGGCUUCAAGCUCGGUAUCAACUAUCAGCCCCCCACAGCAGUCCCAGGAGGAGACCUAGCAAAGACGUACAGAUCAGCGGUGAUGUUGAGCAACAAUACAUCGGUGCGUCAUGCCUGGUCAAAGAUCGGUCGGAAAUUCAACCUGAUGCUGAAGAAAAGAGCUUUUUUGCACCAUUACAUCGGCGAGGGCGUAGAGGAAGGCCUCUUCGAGGAGGCGAAGGACGACCUGCUGGCUCUUAUCACCGACUACAAGGAAGUCGAGAGCUGAGGAGGAGCUCCGACGAAACUCCAAGAGACACGAAGAGCUGGCAUGAUCCGAUGACUCGCCAUCCCGGGAAGAACCGCCCAGGAGUCACCUUCUUCGGGGUCGACGCGAAGGCUCUAGCCGGUGAUAAGGCCGGUGAUAAGAAAACGAGUCUCGACCGCCCCAGACUCACCGGCACUGGUAGCGCCCGGCUCGCGGAAUCAGGCUAUCGAUACCCAUCGAGACAUCGACUCUAUUGACUUUAGAAUCGACGAGAACAAACUUGAAGUACUUACAUUGCUCGAUAAAAUAAAUCCCCAGCCGGGGGUCCCCUGCUUGAAUUCUUAGACCGAUGACCUCGUAUCGCAUGACUCGGUAGCAUUGUUCGUGAUAUCGGUUUCUGCGGCAUCAAAAAUGACUACGGAAUUAUCACCUGGAACAUGCUAUAAAUAUAUCGAAAAUUAUGAAAAUUAGUCUAAUAAGGUCGGCGAGGAGGAAAUUAAAAGCACUUAACCCUGGUCGUCAUGUAGAGAAGGGCCUGAAACCGUUCCCGUGAUACCAGCUGAUAAGUCACCGAAACCCUGACACGAGGACAAAGACGAAUAAAUAUUUUUAUCUAAUAACGAGGAAAUUCAAUAAACAUAUUUACACCCCGAUUUAUUCAAUUUAGUAAAUUAACGUCGGCGAAGACGAAAUUAAAAGCACUUAACCCUGGUAAUCACUUGGGACGUUCCCCAUGAUACCAGCUGAUAAGUCACCGAAACCCAGAAAUGAGGACAAAGACGAAUAAAUAUUUUUAUCUAAUAACGAGGAAAUUCAAUAAACAUAUUUGCA